CUAUUCAACUUUUGCUACUACUGGUAAUAUUUUUAUUCUCCCCCGCCUUAAGAAAUGUCGAUUGUUUGCGAAAAAGUUCCUCAAUCGGAUAUUGUUAAAAAAUCCGCGUAUUAUGGCGUAGAAAACUACGUACUGGUGAAGAGAAGUGAAAGACCAAAAGAUAUUGAAAUAGCAAAAAAAUGGUGUAUGGAGCCGUGCUAUAUGCCCUCUUUCUACGAAGAAAUUGCCCAACGAAUUGAGAACUUUGAGGUGCGUCCUGAUGAUGUUUGGGUGGUAACGUAUGCAAAAUGCGGGACAACGUGGACGCAGGAGAUGGUGUGGCAGAUUUGCAAUGAUUUGGACUAUGAGACUGCAAAAAAUGUAGCUCUUAUCGAACGUUUUCCAUUCAUUGAAUUUGGAAGUAUUCUUGCGCGAGAUUUGGAAUUAACGGAUGAAGUGAGUCGAGCUGAAAAAAUGCCUUCACCGCGAAUGAUUAAAACUCACCUACCUGCUCACCUUCUACCACGGCAAAUUUGGACAGUUCGCCCAAAAAUUAUCUACGUUGCGCGGAAUACAAAGGACACCGCGAUAUCCUUCUACCAUCACUACCGAAACAUCCAUCGCUUUGUUGGUACCUUUGAUGACUUCAUGGAAGCUUUCUUGCAAGAUAAAAUAAUUUUUUCGCCCUUCCACACACAUAUAAUUGAUUUUUGGCGCAUGAGACACGAGGAAAAUAUCCUCUUUCUCACCUACGAGGACAUGAAGCGUGAUCAUCCAAGUGUGAUUGAGAAAACAGCCAAAUUCCUCGGGAAAUCUUUGAAUGAAGAUCAAAUUCUUGAACUUGCUGAUCAUCUGUCCUUUGCAAAGUUCUCCAAAAAUCCUUCUGUUAAUUUUGAGAAAAUUCUCAAAAAAAUAGAUACACUCUAUGGUGCCGAGAGACCCGACGAGGAUUAUAAUUUUGUACGUAAAGGCGUAAUGGGGGGCUUUAGGGGAGAAAUGAGUCCCGAACUCAUUGAGAGAUUUAACAAAUGGACAAAGAAUGAGGUCCAGAAGUGGAAUUGUGACACAGAAAUAGAGAAAAUAUUAUUGUUUUCCACUAAAUAAGUUUUCUUCUUAAUCCACAAUGAUAAAGACAACUGUGGAUGACGCGAUACUAUUUUCUUCCAUUAUAAUGAUAAGGUUUGUGGAGACAUAAUGUGUAAUUAGGGCAUUUAUCUGAUAAAACAAUAGACAUUUUAUUUCCAUUUGUCUCUAUUAAUACUUAUGUACAUUAUUUUCUCACUAUUGUAUUACAAAUAUUUGCCGUAAGAUCAAACUUCUUGGGUAGAGAAUAAAAUGAUAUGGAAAGAAA